UUGAGAAGUAAGUAGUUCCUGAGCGGAUGAAUUAGGCGGAUGUAUACUGCAGUUGUAGGCCGCUCAGCUGAUGUGAAGCUGCUAGGUAGAGAGAAAAGAGGAGCUGUUGCCCUGUCUGUUACAACUACAACACUGGAACAAAUAGUGAAUGGUAGUGUCUAGAAAGGGUAUGUCCCUUCAGGAGAGAGGUGCCAAUGUCCAACCGGCCUAAUUCCAAUCCAGGGGGGUCACUGCGCCGUUCACAGAGGAACACUGCUGCGGCCCAGCCACAAGACCACACAGUAGCUGGAAGGUUGCAGACAGAGCAGACAAAACACAAAACAAAUUCCCCACCUGAAAGUAGAAGAUCCAAUUCUAAGGCUCCCAAAGCCACAGCCAGCUCCGCUACUGGCCAGUCCAGAGGGCACAGCUCAAGAAGAAGCGGUCUUACUUUGUCCGUGGCUUCAUUUGUUUUGCAAGAAGACCCUGAGACUGCAGGAACAUCUGAGCAAGAACGAUCAGGCCAUUUUUCAAAAAGCGAAGGCACCCGCGGACUCAAACGAAGCGAAGCUCCUGACCAAAUCAGUGUCCUUGGACCGACCCCUUCCAAGAAGUCCAAACCCAUCCACCCACCCCGAGACAAUACCUCAGAGACCAAGAAAGGCCCGGCAAAGUCCAAGAAGAGACCUGUGGCCUCAGACUCCUCUGCGUCAUCAGGUCGAGGUCAGAGCAAAAAGAGUGUGGUUGCUGGGGGCUCCCCGAUCCAGAAAAGGAAAAAAUCAGACACUCUCCCCGGUCUAAGUAGUACCGCUGCUUCCCUCCCUAAUUGUAGUGAGGGCAGAACUGCAAAACCCACCAAGCUGGCGUCUAAAUCAGCCGCCUCAGCCAAAGCUGGGUGUAGCAACGUGACAGACUCCUCCUCCUCUUCUGCUUCAUCCUCUUCCUCUUCCUCCAUAACAGGCACCAACAGCACUGCCACACAGGGUGCCAGAGUCAAACAGGGAAAAGAUCAGAGCAAAGCGCGUCGCUCUCGCUCAGCAUCUAGCCCCUCCCCGCGCCGUAGCACACGAGACAAGGAACAGGCCAAAACCACCAGCUCGUCAAAAUUUGAGUGGGCAGCACGCUUUAACCCCAAAGUCAACCUGCCAAAACCCAAACUGUCUUUACCCGGAUCCUCCAAAACCGAGACCUCCAAGCCCGGCCCAUCAGGACUGCAAGCUAAACUAGCAAACUUGAGAAGAUCCACCAAGAAGCGCAGCGAGUCUCCUCCAGCAGAGCUCCCCAGCUUUCGGCGGAGCACACGGCAGAAGACCACGGGCUCCUGUGCCAGCACCAGUCGGCGGGGUUCAGGCCUGGGCAAGCGCGGGGCAGCUGACUCUCGCCGCCAAGAGAAAAUGGCCGACUCCGACAACAACCAAGAUGGGGCCAACUCAUCAGCCGCUCGCACCGAUGAAGCUUCACAAGGAGCCUCAGCUUCAAGUUCAGUAGCUGGAGCUGUAGGUAUGACAACUUCUGGAGAAAGUGAGUCUGAUGAUUCUGAAAUGGGAAGGCUUCAAGCUUUGCUGGAGGCUCGAGGUCUCCCUCCUCACCUUUUUGGACCUUUGGGACCUCGUAUGUCACAGCUGUUCCAUAGGACCAUAGGCAGUGGAGCCAGUUCCAAAGCCCAGCAGCUGCUGCAGGGCCUGCAGGCCACUGGCGACGAGUCUCAGCAGCUCCAAGCUGCAAUUGAGAUGUGCCAGCUCUUGGUGAUGGGCAAUGAGGAAACUCUUGGUGGAUUUCCAGUCAAAAGUGUGGUUCCUGCUCUGAUCACACUCCUACAGAUGGAACAUAACUUUGAAAUUAUGAACCAUGCCUCACGUGCACUCACCUACAUGAUGGAGGCUCUCCCGCGGUCGUCUGCUGUGGUGGUUGAUGCAAUUCCUGUCUUCCUAGAGAAGCUCCAGGUGAUCCAGUUCAUUGACGUUGCAGAGCAGGCCCUGACUGCCUUAGAGAUGUUGUCAAGGCGACACAGUAAAGCCAUUUUGCAGGCCGGUGGGCUGGCAGACUGCCUUCUCUACCUGGAGUUCUUCAGCAUCAACGCUCAGAGGAAUGCCUUGGCCAUUGCAGCAAACUGCUGCCAGAGCAUCACUCCAGACGAGUUCCACUUUGUUGCAGAUUCUCUGCCUCUGUUGACUCAGAGACUCACACACCAGGACAAGAAGUCCGUUGAAAGCACUUGUCUCUGUUUUGCCAGACUGGUGGACAACUUUCAGCACGAAGAGAACCUGCUGCAGGAAGUGGCAUCAAGAGACUUGUUAACAAACAUUCAGCAGCUGCUGGUUGUGACUCCUCCUGUGCUCAGCUCGGGGAUGUUCAUAAUGGUCGUACGCAUGUUUUCACUAAUGUGCUCUAACUGUCCAAGCCUGGCAGUCCAGCUUAUGAAACAGAAUAUAGCAGAAACGCUGCGUUUUCUUCUGUGUGGUGCAUCAAAUGGCAGCUGCCAGGAGCAGAUUGAACUGGUACCCAGGAGUCCCCAGGAGCUCUAUGAACUGACUUCCCUCAUAUGUGAGCUGAUGCCUUGCUUGCCUAGAGAGGGCAUCUUUGCCGUUGAUGUGAUGCUAAAGAAGGGCAGUGCCCAGACAACAGAGGGAGCUAUCUGGCAGUGGAGGGAUGACCGAGGCCUGUGGCAUCCUUACAAUCGUAUCGACAGCCGCAUUAUCGAGACAGCCCACCAGAACGGGGAAGAUGAGAUCAGCUUGUCGACCCUGGGCCGAGUGUACACUAUUGACUUCAACUCUAUGCAGCAGAUAAAUGAAGAUACUGGAACGGCGCGUGGCAUCCAGAGGAAGCCCAAUCCUCUGUCCAACCCCAACACAGGAAGUCACCAGGAGGUCAGACGAGAAGAUGCACGAGCCCAGUUGAUGAAGGAGGACCCCGAGCUGGCAAAGUGCUUCAUCAAAACACUGUUUGGGGUCCUGUAUGAGGUGUACAGCUCCUCAGCUGGCCCUGCUGUCCGACACAAGUGCCUUAGAGCCAUCCUCAGGAUCAUCUACUUUGCUGAUGCAGAGCUUCUGAGGGAUGUGCUGAGGAACCAUGCUGUGUCCAGUCACAUUGCCUCCAUGCUGUCCAGCCAGGACCUGAAGAUUGUAGUUGGUUCUCUGCAGAUGGCUGAGAUCCUCAUGCAGAAGCUGCCAGAUGUGUUCAGUGUCUAUUUUAGAAGAGAAGGUGUGAUGCACCAGGUGAAAAACCUUGCAGAGUCGGAGAGCUUUCUGGUCACCAGUCCUCCCAAAGCUUGCCCUAGUGGUACAGCCAGUCUCUGCACCACAACCAUCAGCACUGCUUCGACGACGGCCACUAACAAUGCAACUUCUGACCUGGGCUCUCCCAGCUUCCAGCACAGUAUGGACGACUCUCUGGACCUCAGCCCACAGGGGCGGUUAAGUGAUGUCCUAAAGAGAAAGAGACUUCCCAAAAGAGGACCCAGGAGGCCCAAAUACUCUCCACCAAGAGACGAUGACAAAGUAGACAAUCAGGCUAAAAGCCCCACUAGUACUCAGUCCCCCAAGUCCUCCUUUUUGGCCAGUUUGAAUCCCAAAAGCUGGGGGAAGCUUGGUGCCCAAACUAAUAACGCCAACUCUGAGCAGUCACGCACUGCAGGGGUGAGUGGCUUGGCGAGGGCACCUCCUAAGGACUCCAUUUCCAAUAACAGAGACAAAAUAAAAGCCUGGAUCAAAGAACAGGCAAGUAAAUUUGUGGAGCGUUACUUCAACUCUGAAAACGUGGAUGGCAGCAAUCCUGCACUGAAUGUUCUCCAGAGACUCUGCACAGCCACUGAACAGCUCAGUCUGCAGGUGGACGGUGGCUUAGAGUGCCUAGCAGAGAUCUCCAGCAUUGUGUCCGAGUCUGACGUGUCGUCCUUUGAGAUCCAGCACAGCGGGCUGGUGAAGCAGCUCCUGGUCUACCUUUCCUCAAACACCGACAGAGACUUGCUGAGUCGUGACAUCAGGAUCAAGCGGUUCCUCCACGUGUUUACCGGCUGUCCAGCCCCAGGAAUGGAGGCUGUAGGUCAGCUGGACCCGACCGAGACCGCGCCCUUCCUGGCCCUGGUGUACAAAAUGAACAGCUGUCUGAGUCAGAUGGAGCAGUUCCCAGUGAAGGUCCACGACUUCCCCAGCGGUAACGGCAACGGCAGCAGGUCUGUCUCCAACCAAACCUUCAGUCUCACCGUUCAGAGAUUCCUGAAUCCUCGAGGAAAACCUUCAUCUCCAUUCUUCAGGGGUUCCCAAGCACUGAAGUUCUUCAACACGCAUCAGCUCAAGUGUCAGCUGCAGAGACACCCGGACUGCACUAAUGUCAAGCAGUGGAAGGGCGGCCCAGUGAAGAUCGAUCCCCUGGCUCUGGUGCAGGCCAUUGAGAGAUAUCUAGUGGUCAGAGGUUACGGUCGAAUCAGGGAAGAGGAUGAAGACAGUGAUGACGACGGUUCAGAUGAUGAAAUUGACGAGUCACUGGCGGCGCAGUUCCUAAAUUCUGGCAGCGUCCGGCACCGGUUACAGUUCUACAUUGGCGACCACUUGCUACCGUACAACAUGACGGUGUACCAGGCUGUGCGGCAGUACAGCCUCCAGGCGGAAGAAGAAAGGGAGUCGACAGACGACGAGGCCAACCCUCUGGGCCGAGCUGGAAUCUGGACCAAAACGCACACGAUAUGGUAUAAGCCUGUCAGAGAAGAUGAGGAUGGAGGCAAGGAUGCUGUGGGUGGAAAGAGGGGCAGAGCUCAGACGGCUCCCACCAAAACCUCACCCCGAAACGCCAAGAAGCAGGACGAGCUGUGGCACGAUGGCGUCUGUCCCAGCAUCAUCAAUCCUUUAGACACAUACCUCAAUUCAGAGCCACCUGAAACCAUAACCUUUGAUGACCCCUCUCUGGACGUCAUCCUGCUGCUGAGGGUUCUUCACGCCAUCAGUAGAUACUGGUUCUACCUGCAUGAGAAUGCUGCUUGUAAAGAAAUGAUAACUACCAAUGAGUUCAUAAACAGUAAAUUGACUGCCAAAGCCAACCGUCAGCUGCAGGACCCGCUGGUCAUCAUGACAGGGAACAUCCCCACCUGGCUCAUUGAGCUUGGAAAAAGCUGCCCCUUCUUCUUCCCGUUUGACACCCGGCAGAUGUUAUUCUAUGUAACCGCCUUUGAUCGCGACAGAGCCAUGCAGCGGCUUCUGGACACCAACCCUGAGAUCAACCAGUCAGACUCUCAGGACAGCAGAGUGGCUCCUCGCCUCGACAGGAAAAAGAGGACGAUAAACCGUGAGGAACUUCUCAAACAGGCAGAGUCUGUAAUGCAGGACCUCGGCAGCUCCAGAGCCAUGCUGGAGAUUCAGUACGAGAAUGAGGUUGGAACAGGUCUGGGCCCCACCCAGGAGUUUUAUGCUCUGGUGUCUCAGGAGCUUCAGAGAGCCGAUCUUGGUCUUUGGAGAGGUGAAGAGGUCACUCUGGCAAAUCCUAAAGGAAAUCAGGAGGGUACAAAGUACAUGUUCAGCUCCAGAGGACUGUUUGCAGUUCCAUUUGGCAGAACAACCAAACCAGCACACAUAGCCAAAAUCAAAAUGAAGUUCCGCUUCUUAGGAAAGUUGAUGGCCAAAGCCAUCAUGGACUUCAGACUGCUGGAUCUGCCCCUGGGGCUCCCAUUUUAUAAGUGGAUGCUGCGGCACGAGACGUCUGUGAGCUCACACGACCUGGUGAACAUCGAUCCAGGUGUGGCCAAGUCCAUCCAGCAUCUGGAGGACAUCAUUCGGCAGAAGAAGAGGCUGGAGCUGGACCGAUCUCAGACUAGAGAAACCUUACAGCAAGCUCUGGAAAGCCUGAACAUGAACGGCUGCUCCGUGGAGGACCUGGGCUUGGACUUCACUCUUCCAGGAUUCCCAAACAUCGAGCUGAAAAAGGGGGGCAAAGAUGUGCCGGUCACAAUCUACAACCUGGAGGAGUACCUCAGGUUGGUGGUUUACUGGACUUUAAAUGAAGGAGUCUCGAGACAAUUUGAGUCCUUUCGGGAAGGAUUCGAGUCAGUCUUUCCCUUGCAUCACCUGCAGUAUUUCUACCCAGAAGAGCUCGACCAGCUGCUGUGCGGCAGCAAAUCAGAGACGUGGGAUGUAAAGACGCUGAUGGAGUGUUGCAGACCGGACCAUGGAUACACGCAUGACAGUCGUGCCAUCCGGUUCCUGUUUGAGGUGUUGAGCAGCUUCGACGCGGAGCAGCAGAGACUCUUCUUGCAGUUUGUCACAGGAAGCCCCAGACUGCCUGUUGGAGGUUUCCGCAGCCUGAAUCCCCCUCUGACCAUUGUGAGGAAGACGUUCGAGUCGACGGAGAACCCGGACGACUUCCUCCCCUCAGUCAUGACCUGUGUAAACUACCUGAAGCUGCCUGACUACUCCAGCAUCGAGAUCAUGCGAGAGAAACUGUUGAUUGCAGCUCGCGAGGGCCAGCAGUCCUUCCACCUUUCCUGAUCUCAUCACAUCUCACAUUCAGAUGCCUUCAGCAGCAACUGAUUAAAUCAUAACUUCCCUAGUUUCUUUCUUUUUUUUUGUAAUCAAAUACAUUGAGGCUAAAUGUACAGCCUUCUUGUUAGAGAAAGCAGCUUGCAGAGAGGUUAAGACUUCAAAUAUAUAUUUGCUGCCCCGUCUCAUUAAAAUAAAAGGAGUAAAAACUUAUCAGUAGUUCUGUUUAAAAAGCUGAAAACAUCUGGGUGACGUUUUAAACUGCAUUGCUAUGUGAUAUUUAAAAAAAAAGGGAUGUCUCCUCUCUAGAGGGUCGGACAACCUGCCGGGUGUCUGAGGGGAGUGCGGGUGGGGAGGGGGUCCACAGGGCAAGCUAGGUUUACUUUAGCUCCAAAGAUCAUUUGUACAGACAAAUUUGCAGACUUUGCUCAUUCUUCACAUUUGAUAGAAUAGCUCUUUGUUUUCAUGUCUCCACCCCACCUCGGUUCGUCACUCUGCAUUUUCUUCUGUAUUAUAUUGUCCCCGGUUUGUUUGUUUGUUUGUGUGUUGCGUUUCGGUUCGGCUUACUCCCCCUCGUGUGUCUUUGCUUCCAGUUGUGAAAACUUGAGCUGCGUUUGGCUGAAUGCGGGUAGUGAUGAGCUCUUCAAUGUUCUUUUUUUUUUAUUUCCUUCCAUACCCAAGUUGAGAUUGUGUUCUGGCCUCCUUAUUAUAGAGAGCUUCAGCUCAAAUGAAGACUUGUAACCAGUGUGUUGAUCAGGUAAAUUUUGUUUUUGCUCUUAUUUUGAUAGAGUUGGCGUCUUUCUGUUUUGCCCUACUGGACGUGUGGGGUGGGGGCAUCUUACUAGACCAAGCUCUGAGCAACCCUCAACACAAAAUGUAGCUGGGCACACAAUUUGGCUGGUCUCAUUUUAUUGUUUCAAGGCCAGAUAGCAUUUCAAGUUCAUUUAUGGAAUAAAGUAUAUAUGCAGUUUCACACCCUGUUUCAGGUGGGGAUGUCUGCUUUACCCUUUUUUAAUUUUCUAUAUAGUCUUUAUUUCUUGCUGUAGUUGAUUUGUUGUUUUUUUUUUCUUCUUCAGUUCUUUUGUUUUUCUUUUUUUGCACUGCUGGCUUGGAACAAACCGUGGUGUGCACCUGCAGUCUGUGUCCAGGGGAUGGCGCCACUGUUUGCUCUCCUGGCCCAAUCGUUCAUGUGCUGGUUUCUAAGAUCUGCAAUAAUUUACUGCAUCAGGUUAAUGUUUUUACCUGAACAUAAAUAAAGUAACUGUUUGACUCA